UAGUCUCAACGAAGAUAAAAUGUGACGUUUGUAUUACCUAGUUUAGUUAAGUUCUGUAGUUUUACGAUAAUUCGUUGUUAUCUACAAACAACCAAAUAAAUCGAAAACGUUAGUCAUCUUAUCAUCACUGUCAAGUUGGUAAUUGACAUCCAUUUAUGGCUGUGAGCUAUGAUGUUCGUCAUGGUUCUUCUGUGUGUGUGUGUAAACAAUAAUUUGUAGAUUUUCAUCGGUUAAAACUUUCUUUGUUCAUCGCUAAUCAGAAUCAGACAUUAAUCAUGACUACUUUUGCCAACCUGUCGGUUACCAUGGAGGGGUUCCCUAUGACGGAGGAUGUUCCCUCGACCACUUCCAUUUCUUUCAUCGAAGCCAUCAACCAGAACUACACCAAUGUCAACAUGGAUGACAUCAAGGUGGACAGUACGUUCGCCAUGCUGCUCUGCUCCAUUCUGUUUGCUAUGUCUUGGGUCACUUACAUCACCUACUACAACUCAAGAGUGGCUGGAUACUUCAUCACCAAAGCCCUCAACAGAUUCUUUGUCAGCGAAGGGUACGCAAGAGUCGGUUCCUUCACUCUUUGUGCUCUGUCAGGAAAGAUCAUGUUCAGAGACAUCAUCUACAUCACUCAGGACUACAGUGUGAGGAUACAGGACGGAUGGAUGAUAUUCCGUUGGUGGAGAGCUUACGUGCCAAAAGAUGUGUCAGAAGACUUGUCCCACUCAGACACUCGACUGUCAGUGUUGCUCAACGGGUUUGAGCUCCACGUGUACAACAGAUCAGCUGUUUACGGACAUCUAGAACGGGUCUUUGACCUCGAUCCUGUGUUGUUCCCUUGGGACUCCAGCCUGUUUAAACAUCCUGAUGAAAGAGAAUCUCAUGAUCCAGGAGGGAGGUCGAGGCCUCAACCGGGAGCAGGAUCCUUAGGGAAGAGCUGGAGGGAUCUCAUCCCAGUAAUCAAAGUUGAUGUCUGUUCUGGGAGAGUUGUAUUUGGCAACAGGCUGGUGCCUACAACGUUGUCAAUUUUGGUGGAAGAAGCUCACUUUGUGUAUUCAACCAAACCUGCUGCGUCACGGCUCGACUACUUCAUGCACUUCGCUAAAUGUAAAGCUGAGAACUUCAAGGUACUGCUAGCCCCUAGUCCCAAGUACAUAGGCAUGGCUGAUGAUCCUCCUAGGUACAUGGGGGAAGGUUUUGUAGUUCUCUCGUCCAACAACAUCGAGCUUUACUACUACAUGGACGAACCUGGACUUGUGCCAGAACAGCCAGAGAUGCUGCAGCUCGCCAACGGAGACAUUGUGGAGUCUGCUCCUCCCAUCUGGGGAAUAGAUAUCAAGUGUGGGAAAGGUACAGACUUCAGUUACGGACCUUGGGCUGACAGACAGCGAGACCAUCUAUUCAGGUUCUUCUUUCCACAGGAUUGCCAACCACUGAAAGUUACCCCAGCCCCCAAGCCAGGUGAGAAGAGGAUGGUCCAGUCGUUUGACCUGAGACUCAGCACACUAACUGAAGCUACGAUUGAUAUACUGUUUUCUAAAAACAAGGAGACCAACGCGGUCCACGUGAACGUCGGCCCCGGCUCCUACAUGGAGAUGACUCUGCCCUGGGUCGUGUCGCCGGACGGAUACACCACCAAGGUGAUCGGACAACUGCUCCACCUCGAGGCCACCACGAGUCUCACCUAUCGCAGUCUCGUGGUGAGUGAGACGCUGGAGUUCACCUUGCGCUCCAAGUACCCUCUCAAGUGGAACGGACAUCAGGAGUGGUUACUGCACCUCACUGGCUGCAAGGCGACCGUGUGGUUCAUCUACGCACACAAGGAGUUCUUUCAAGACAUGGUCAACGACUGGUCCAGCAAAGCUCGUCCAGAUCUGCUCCAUUUCAUCCCCUACACUUGGAGGAUCACUCUGCUAUUGAAGGAGUUUGAGUUCAUCCUUCCUUGCAAUGAGUACAACUGGAUAGACUGCUCAUCGCAGAGCCAGGAGAAUAUGUGCAUUGGGUUUUGUGGAGAGUUAUUUGACCUCUCGUUUGACCUUCCUUUUGUGGACUUCUUGCCCGCUGUGCUUCCUCUGAGAUUCUGGAUACAGGGCGAGAGCAUGGACCUGUCUAUGUAUCUACCGGAAGUGUUUACGUCGCAGUGUAUCGUCCUGGCUCUGGACCAGAAUGCAAAGCUGCUGGGUAGAGACGGCAACAUCAUCAACGGAAGACUCAACGAGAACAGUCGCAAGUGGCGUAAUAAGUGUCAGCGAAGCAAUGGUUGGCUAGAUUGCUGGUCUGUGCCGAUAGUUGCGCUCAGUAUAAACUACUCCUACCAUCCGAUGCCUCCGUACGGACCCCCACCUCAGGCUGACAUCACAACUCCGGAGAAGGAGGAGAUAUUGUUGUCUCCAAUGAGAAUCCCCCGGAGUAGGAAGUCCCCGGCACUGCAUCACUGGAGGGAGCAAUCUGGACUUCCAAAGUUUGACCCUACAAGCCUAGCUCCGGAUAAGGUCAGUCUGGAGUUAGAGAUAGGACCCUCUGUACUGUUGGUCUAUGGCUCAUGGAUCAGGGGAUUCGUGAAUCUAAAGGAGAACAUUUUUGGAGAAGACCAAGUGUUCACGGACAUGAAUGAGAAGCCAGAGAUGCCCAGUGGUUCCAAGACAGGUCCUGGUGGGGGUGGCGGGGACACUCAGACCACGACGGGGUCUGACGAUGACACUAUUAGUCAUAAGGAUUUUGACCCCCGCGAGUACAGACCACUAGAGGUGGUGGUGUCCAUCACGAUGCACGAUAUACAGGCUCAUCUAGUCAAGAAUUGCAACGAAGGGGAUCCACCUUGUCCGAUCAUUCUAUUGGAGAGGUUCGGCUUUGAAAUGAAGAAAGGCUACAAGGAGACACAGCUACAGCUGUUGUUAUCACCGGCCAUCCUACUGAGCUCUGAUAAGGUGACGACACGUUCUGUCAAGGACAAACAUCUCAACCAAGGUCAUCUCAUGCUGAGCGGACUGCAGUUGCGAGGACAAGCCAUGUUCAGUGACGAAGGCCGCAAUGUGGAUCAGGAGACAUUGGAGUACGCUUGGCUGUUGGAGAUACAACUCGGACGACUCACUGGCAAAAUGACGACCCCUCAGCUACAUCACCUGGUGACCAGCCUGGAGACGCUGUUGUUGCUGACUAUAGAUGACGAGAACAAGUUGGUGCCCCCGCGGCUCCCCCCCGCCUGUCACCAUGGACUUCCCCCUGCCGAGUGCGGGGAGAGUGAGUCAGACGGCUCCUACACUUGCCCCACUGCUGAUGAGAUCAAGUACCGCAUGGUCAGAGUUGCUGUGGACGCAGUGGACCUCUACAUACUGGAGAGUGGCACGGCCAUCAAUCUCUAUGCUGCUCCCAUACGGUUCUCCACCUGUAACCUUCACGGAAACCAAGUCAAGUCUGGACUGACAGGGGUGAUACCUAGUGUGAAGGUGAGGCAGAUCAUUGCUGCCAACAACCACUUCAGUCACUCGUCCGGAGGCACUAACAGUAAUACCAACACGACAGGCAGUGGUCGGUCUCAACAUGCUAGAUCAGGUACUGGAGAAAACACAGACUUGUGGCUGGAGGUGGGUUCUGUGUCCCUCGGCCCUCUCAUAGUAGAAGCUGCCGUCUCAUUGUCCAGCACUGACCGCAACCUACAUCUAGUGCAGCACAAAUACCUGAAAACACAUGAUGAAAAGAGCAAGAGACUGUGGUUUCUGUGGACCAAUGAUAAGACUUCUAACAGUGUUGGCAAGUGCGGCUGCAUAGGAGGUUGCGUGUUUUUCGGCCAAAACAAGAAUGGGAAGCGAUUCUUCAAACCUAACCGUCAAGACGCUGUAGAUGGGAUCAACAUUGCAGCUUUCAGGAUAAACGAGUCAGGCAAAGAUCCUGGGUUUGGCCAGAGUAUACUACAUGAUGCUCAACUUGUGUUCCACACUCCCCCGUACAACUCUCAUGACGUCUCCAUACAUGAUACUGCAGUGUGGACUGAGCCUGCUGCCAAGGUCAUACCUCUCAAGACACCAGUGGAGAGUCCUCACCUCACCACCAGAGUUGAGAGGUCACGUAGUGUCACGGAGACCAACAAGGACAGUCCUGUCAUGUCCAGGCUGAGCACUGCCACUGUCAGCCCAGUCAGUUGUGUAAAGACCUCCCUGGGGCGCAGGUUUUCUUACACGUCAUACACUAACAGAAAUAUGAACAAUGGACAGAGCCGAGACGUUCCGUAUGCUCGACUCUUGGACACCAGCCCCACCACUUUGUUACCGCCCAAGCUGGACUCGGACUCACGACUUCACUCCACAGAGCGCACUCGAUCCAUCUUAAGUGUUCCCGAGGCUUCAGAAGCACCCAAGUCGAGUGUUAGUGACUCCAAACUUGCCGUGGAUUACUUCAACACCACGGCGCAACAGUACAACGCUCUUGUCAACAGUGUCAACUGUCCAACACAUCCGACUUCUGCUGUGAUCUCGUCAGAGUCAGAACACUCGCUGGGCGCUGCAGUACCGGAGGCAGUGUUGGUGGAGAGGACAGUGUCCAUCUGCAGUGAGAACCAAUCAGAAGCCUUCUUCUCAGCGGAGGAGGAGCUGAGCGGGGGCAGUUUAGGCCAAGCAGGGGUGCCACUACCGUCCAGUCGGUCAUCUUCACUACGUCACUCUCUUGGUAUCUACCGUCAUGACAACAGGGAGAGCAACAUUGUGCCAAAGAAACGCUAUGGCAGUGACAUGAGUAUCGUGGCAGGAGCUGGUAAUGUGACACACUCAGCCAUCACAGAUCUGCAGCCAUUGAGACUCUCCAGCCAUCGCAGCGAUCAUGAGAUACACACUCCAGAACAUCGUAGCAACAUCCGGCUUGAACAGGGUGAAGAGCCCAAGUCGGCUGCUUGUCUCGGCAUUUCUCCCCUGUUGUUGCCUCGUUCGGUCAGUCCGAGGUUCAUGACGGCCAACGUACAUGGUCUGCCAGACUCAUUGGAAUCACAGGAGGCCUCCGCUAUGCUACUGGACUCGUCAGACACCCACUCUGUAUCCAGCACCUCGUUCAUAUCUGCAGUAUCAUCACAGGAAGAUCUGGCUCUAGUCAAUCUACACAUGCAAGUCAACAAACCCAUCGUGGAGUCACCACUGCUGAUGUCGAGCUACGUCAAUCAUCUGUCCCAGGUCAAUUGCACCAAUUGGGCUCAGUCCUCCCUACCACAGGGUUCAGAUGCAUUCACUGUACCUUUGUUCCAAAGGACCAAUGAAGGAAGACUUGUAUACAUUGGGAGCAAGUACACCCCAAGGUUUGAGACGUUGGUGGAAGGUUUCACAUCCCUCAAGAUGGUUGGGAGAGAGAAGGAAACAGCGUCUCCAGCUCCCCCCUCUACCAAGACACCAACCCACCCUUACAACUGGGAGCAGGUCGACCUCAUAUGCAACGAUACCGAUGAAGCUCUAGAAGCAGGUGUGCAAGAAGAACUGCUAUCCCUGCGCAAUGAGAGUGGUACAAGAACUACUCUUGUUGUCAAGAUGAAAGGAGACAUCGACAUCAUGGUCAGUCCAUUGGUGCUAGAAUCUCUUCAGAGGUUUGUAGAUGUACUGACUUCCACUCUCACGUCCCUACAUACACUGAGUGUACUGAACCAUCUUCACCUCAACUGUGUCUCGCGAGUCGAGGCUGCCAACGUGUUGAAGCGUGACCAGUACCUCAGUCAGCUGACUGGUGGAGGUAGUAAACGCAGCACUGCGGAGCGAACUAAGUCUGCGGACGCAGCACAGCCUCUCAACAUCUACGAGGAGUGUAUAGCUACGCAGGUCCAGGGCACUGUGAUACUGCCUAAGAUCAACUUUGCCCUACUACAGGCCAGUGUGGUGGAGGAAGUGAUAUCUUUCUCAGCUCUAGACAAUCUGCGAGACUUGACCUGUGUAUCUCUACUGGCUGUGUCUGUGGAGGGAGUUACUGCGAGGUUCCACUGUGGCAAACAGGCGAGGGAGGUGGUGCAGACGUUCCAUAGACCUACAGUGUUGCCCAGUGGUCAGAAGAAAGGCUUGUUUGCCCGUGGAGGCAAGGCGUUCCUUCUCGGUCAUCAGACGGCGGCCGUCACUGAUGUGGUUACUGGAGAACCUGUGUAUAUUGAGACAUCCGAGAAACAGCAGGAGGAGAGUGUACUGAUGCUGAGAAUCAACAAGAUCCACACACAGUUGCGUCGUCUGCGGAACGAGAGCACUAUUCUGAAAGACGCAGUGAUCACUGCUAUCCCGAGUCAUUGUUCUCGUGUGAUGUUCACGACUUGCACUCAGGUCAACACACCUCCGCAGUCACGCAUCGUUGCUGCGGACAAUUCAGACAACAACACGCACAACAGUGAUGAACCUUCCCUAGUCAGCCUUCCCGAAGACAAGUUAGGCUUCAUCAUGUUCGAGUGUGGUCUUGAAGGUGUUUCAUUCAAGGUCGUGAAGAGGUCAAAGUUUGACAAAGAGGAGGAUGAAGUGAAACCUCUUCCCGGGGAGAAUGAGACAAACUACACUGACUCCGUGAGAUCCAAGGAAGAGAUAGAAGUGACUGUAGUUAAUGAGACUGGCAAGUCUACGGUCAAGGCAGACGACAAAGCCACUCCACAUCAAGACACUCCAAGCAAUGCUCCGACCAAUGGAACAGACGCCAACCAACCGGAAGCAUCUUCAGACCCUGCUGCAAGCGCCUCCCAGACCAACAUUGUUGCUCUUAGAGGGAAAGAUGGAAACGCAUCUUCUUGUGUUAUUGAAGUGAAACAAGUUUGGUUCAACUUUGCUGCACCACCUCGAGCACCCAUCACCCGAAAAAUAGACUACACAAGGCUGGACUGGAACCUUCUGAGUACUGCUUCUCCGGCCAUCAACGCAUGGAUGAACCCCAGCAACAGGUUUGCCAUCAGAGUAGUACACAUGUUGCGAUGUCACUACCGUCGCAGCACUGCCAUCGUCACAUGUCUGAUGUCCGAGGCACUGGACAUACAAGGGAUACAUAUGCCUGUCAAGAGUCGCUACGGCAGGUUCACUCCGCUCUCCAAGACGUUACAAGAAGACCCGUCGUGUCAGCUGUGUACAGUGUUACAGAAGUAUCUGCUGCAGACGACAUCAAACAUUGAGAAUAACCUGAGAGAACCUGACCUGCCGCAUCUGUCUACACUGAGACAGGGAGUUAUUGUCUUAAGUCGUCAGUGGAAAAACAUUCUCUAUACCCCUCUACUGCUAGAACACAACUUCAAGACUAAAAACCUACUUAGGAAACCGAUGAAUGUCACUUUUGCCAUCCCGGAUCCGGACGAGGAGAAUGUGCUAACGGACGGUGAUGGCGAAGGGGAGGGGGAAGGUAGCGGUGAGGAGUGUGAAGUCACUGAUGAGUGCGCCAUGCUGCUUAACUCCGACGGAGGUUCCACAUUGCACAAAGUCCUCAAAGCCACGGCAGCCGCACACAAACACGCUGUGUCCCCAGCUGCCCCCGCCAGGCCUAUGCCCCCCGCUGUGAUGCCUGGGGCUGCUGUCGGAGGUCCCGCUGCACCUUCCCCCCACCACCUCACACCCAUGGACAGCCUGGUGUUCAGCUCUCCUACGUCACCCAACUCUGUACAACAGCCGGUGGGUCGUAAGAAGUCUCUGUUACCUUCUCAUCCACCGUCCUCCUCCCGGGCCAGUAUAGUGUUCCCGCUGCUGAACAACACAAAUCCGUUUCUACCACAUCAACAUCGGCGUACGGACAGUCACGGCGGCGACAAGAAUAUGGUUUUCAACACCGGAUACUCAGCUCUGAAGGAGGACUACAAGUCUCACUCUUCCCACCCGAGCCUAUCCGGCUUAAACAUGGGUGCCCCGGACAGUCAACCCUCCAACUCAAGCCUGGACCAGAAUCUGUCUCCGGGUGUCCCGAAGGAUGGAGAGGAUCUUUACACAUGGAUGGCAAAACAUCAGGACUUUGUUGACACUGGUGACAAGAUCGAGCCCGGAGUCAUCAACAAGGGCGCUUUCUGGGGUGAGCCCAAGAUGGAGAACGGCCGUGUGGGAGUGAGUGUGGCGAACGCCUCGUCCAUGGUCAACCCAGACUAUCUGCUAUUGGCCGCUGCAGGCUACAGUCUCUACCCGAUGCAUGACAACCUGCGGCUGCUCGACGCUCAUCUCAUCUUUGAACCUCUGUUGUCCAGCCUCGGAGUCAUGCCUCAGCAGAUGCUCAGCAGUGCCAUAAGCGGCAACAACUCGCUGGACUCGUGGGGAUCUAACCUGUCCCUGGUGGGAGGUAUGGAGGCUAUGAGGAUUGACAUUGUGGUCAGUGAGUUUGGCAAACCCCAGGACAAGAGAGGCAGGCCCGGGAACAAACCCGGAUCUGCUCAAGGCAAGAACAAGCCUCAAGACAAGUUCUGGCUGGAGAUCCCUCCUGAGACUCCAGCUUUCCUGUGCGAGCGUGUCGGGGUUGAGCUCGAGCUUUGCAGACUGGCAGACAUGACCAUCGUAGAGGACCUGAGUAGACAACGCCGCAACAUGUUGUACGUGAGCCGUGGACAACUCAAGAAACACUCCAACACUGCGCUUAACGUCAGCGUGUCAGUACGUUACAUCUCCCAACAGGUAAACAUGCCCCUGCUACGACUGCUGCACCAGAUCAGCAACAUGUACCAGAAUGUGAAAGAGACCCAAUCAGAAUUGAGAGAGCAGCAGCCCGACAACAAAGUUGUGGCUAAGACUCCCCCAGCUGUGGUAUCAGCCCUAGAUGGACCAGAGAUGUCCAUACCUCUGAUGACCACCGUGCCUGAUCUAGACAAAGGUCGUCUGCCGUUCCCCCACUCACCCAGCGAGACCAAACCUAUCACGUCACCUGCGUCGUCUGUCAGGUCUCGUCACACGUCGUUUGCUGAACGGCUCCGGUCUACUGGCAGGAGCGUUAGAGGAUACCUGAACCUGGGGGAGUCUGCCCCACUGGCUGCUCCAGGACUAGCAGUCAACAAGGAGGAAAGUGUCACUCCUAGGUGUUGGAAAACUGUGUACUACCUACUGGACUUGUACGCCACCAUGCCCGAGACUAAGACAAUAGCACACAGUCGGUUCUCCGUCGGAGGUGAUGUGUCCGAAGGCUACAAAGGCAACAGGAAGUACGACAUUCUGCCGGAGGUCAAGUCCAAUGAUGAUGUGGAAAGGGGGGAACAUCCAGUAGCUUCUACACCGAUCCCUCCACCUAACAUCAACAACAGCAACCAGCGAGAGAUCAGCCUUGCAGGUGAGCGGACACGUCUGGUGGUGCUGGCCGUAGCUAAGAUACAUCGCACCAGACUGUUGGCGACACUGAGUGGGCUCAAGCUGGAGGCUGAGAUCACCAAUCUACACUCGUCACUCACUGUACGCAAGAAGACUCGUCCGGCCAGUCUGGAGUGUUCGCUGACAGGGCAUGUAGGGAGAACCAUGGUGGUACUGCUGGAGGGAGUCGCACCUAACCAACAGACGGUAGUGAAGGUGACGGUGGGCAAGUCUCAAGCACUCUACUCCAGUGUGACUCGCCGAGGCAGAGACAAGAACUCAGGUUUGUUGACCAUCGGAGCUGUGGCCGUGGACAUCCCUCAACACCCGGUGGCUCUGCAUGGCAUGAUGACCAGAGGCAGCAAACAGCUGUCCUCCACACUACAGGAGCUGCGAGUGACCCGAGCGUCUAGCCGGAUGUCCAGAGGUACGACGGUGGACGAGGUUGAUUCUGCCCCACAACAUUCUCCGGGGCAUUCUCACACUGUGAUGCCAGAGACUCACAGACAUCACCUGACAGAGCCUAACAUGCUGCUACAGCCGUUGGUCAUGCAGUUCAGCGUCGUACUGCAGAGUCUAAGUAUCACUGCUGCUCUACUUCCAUCACUACAAGCGCAGUACAAGAUGGACCAAGUCACCAGUACAGGUGUCACUGGAAGCAAGGCCAAGUUUAUCAUAGAUCUGCCGCAUCACUCUCUGUCGUUCUCUACUAAAGUACAGGUGACGGAAGCCAAUCUUCCCUCAGAAGCCAGUAUAGAACUGCCCAAGGUCCAUGUUUCAGCGGAGUACGUACUGGACGGAGUACAACCUGCAGAAGGGCCGUUCUUUGGACAAGAUGGUGUAGUGUUAAGACAUGGUAACUACAUCAGCGCAGUAGCCGACAUUGGAACUUUUGAACAUUCUUUGACUACAGAUCUGCUGAACCAUCUGGUGUUCGUGCAGAAAGUCUUCAUGAAGGAAGUGAACGAGGUGGUACAGAAGGUGUAUGGGGGGGAGAAACCAGUCCCGUUGUGGUUUGAAGAUUCUGACGAUUCCUCCAACUCAUCCACGGUGAAGCAGAUAUUGUUCACUCUGGUCAUCAGGAUUAAGAGGAUUCAGCUGACUGCUACGACACCGACCAACUGCGCCGUUCGUCUAGAGACCGGCGCAGUCGACUUCCAACUGUCCAACAGAGUACAGAAUGUGUCCGGCGCAGCGCAGCCCAACGCUGCACUGAAGAUAUUCGGCAAGGCUCAGGUCGAUGUGAACCUGAGUUUGGGUCAGCUGAUCAAGAACGUUCUCUUUGAGGAGGCCGAACCUGAGUUUCAACAGUUUGCCUUCUUCAAGACUAGAAUCGGCCUCCGUAAUGCGUUCCAAGGGGAGAUGGUAGGACCAGGCAGUGAUGACAAGGAGGUCGUACUGAUCACACUCAAGCGGCCGCUGAUCUACAUACAACCGAUGGCUGUGGACAAGGCGAUCCUCGUCUGGCUCAACUACAAGAACGCCUACGAGUACUGGGCCGAACAGAGGUCUAGUUUGAACAAAGAAGUGCUCACUGCCACCCAGCAGGUGUUUGAAAAGAUGCCAUUUGAGAAACUGAGCACUCCUCAUUUGGGGACUUUGUUUCUCCAACUCACUGUAGAAGACAUGGGAAUCUGUGUUCCUCUCAACCCGUUGCCACCGCCCACAUGGGGUGUCGGGCGUCAGCUGUUCAUGGAGAACGAGUCUUGUGCUGCUGUAGUGGUAACACUGGAGUCCACCAGUAUCUCGGCCUGCAGCUCCGGCUCCCUGGUCAGCAAGGGCAGGUUCGUAGGAUUGUGUCUGCGGUUUGCCGACGACUUUGAGACGUCCCUGGACGACUGGAAGCCCAACACCUCCGAGGCCGCAAUGAACCUGUGUGUUGUGUCCGAGGGAACGUACGAGGUGUGCAGCAGGACGAUAGCGGCUCAGAAGAUGGAUAUUGAGAACGCCAAGUGGUUUCUGAACGUCCAGUGGGCCAUGGAAGGAGUAGAUAUCCAUCUUGACGUCAACAUUGGCAAGCAGUUGUCAGCUCUGGGACAUACUCUGACCACACUCACCUCCGUGCAGGAGGACGAUGCUGCCAACCCGAGCUACGACAGCGACGACGCAGACACUAACGACAAUGCCGACAACAGUCAGGAAAGCAUUCUUUUGCGAAGAGGGAAACACUUCACAUGUGACAGUCUUCCAGCGUUUGCCUUGGAUCCUUCGCUGGACUCUAAGAGCCGAUCCAAACUGAUUGAAAAGGAAAUGUACGAACAAGCGAAAAUCAUCAACGACUUACGAGCCCUCGGUGCUUCACACGGCACCAUUGAAUCCGAAAUGAAACGAUUACGUGAACUGGAGGCUAUGGUUUUCAAGGAUUUCAGGAGGGACAUGAUUCAAAAGCUUCGAAGACAAAGUGUGAAAUCUUCAAACAAAAACAAAACAACAUUCAGGUCGCGAUCGUUCAUUGUGCCGUCGCCUACAUUGGAACAUCAUAUUGAGAUCGACAGCCCUGAUGAGACGGCUGCGGCAAGUGUUACGUCAGGCAGUUUUGACAGUUCGCCUCACUCAGGGCCGUCCAGGUCUGCGUCACUGCGAGCCUCACGUGGUCUAGGCGCUCCCAGGGUUACGUUCAGCGAUGCCCACAACAUUACCAGACAAGCCUCGUUCCCCAGUGCGAGCUCGGAGCUGAGUCUACCCGUUGAUGAUUGGCCGUCAGACGGACUGAGGUCGUCUUUGUCGGCUCACAAGGGUAGUUACGACUCCACAGACGGCAGCACCCUGCUGCUGGUAGAGCCAGAGAAGGAGCAGACGACGCAGAGUCUGUUGUUCUCAGCGCCUAGCUGUCAGAAGCCGCUGGAGCCCAACAUUGACUUUGAACUGGACGUGAAGGUGUUGAUAAACAGUGGCAAGUGUGUGCUGCACACCAAAGACUCGACUAGGGAGGACGAACUCAAGAUGAUGAGCCGGAUGAAGAAGGAGAGGAGUUGCUCCGGAGGGAUGUUUGAGUUCCCAGCGGACGUGAGGGGAAGUCCCAACAUGAGUCGGAGGUCGCAGAAGGAGGGUCGUCACCACACCAGUGCUAAACUGAGACAUCUCGCACCAGCCAACAUGAGCAGUCUGGCCCAGCUGGUGGACCUCACCAUCUUCCACAUACCUGGGCUUGAUGUCAAGGUUCACUAUGAGUCCAAGACCCUGGUGGAGGACGAGGAGUGCGGAGGUCGCAGAGCUUCGGCUGGCACCAAGAAAGCGAGUUUGUUUGCCUGGACUACUCUUCAGAGUAUCCCGGAAGAGACAAUCAUCUCACCCCACAUCCUGGAGUUCCUGGAGCAGACUCUGGAACCAAUCCCAGAGACCAAGAGUCCCUUCACAUCUCCUGGCCCAGUCAACAUGUUCAACAUGAGGGAUGACUCAGGGCCAGGGGCUUGGGUAAAUGCUGCGGGUAAUCAGUAUGCUUACGCCUCAUUCCCCGUCGACGUCAUCGUGUAUUUCCACAUGCAGCCGUCGACUUUCCGCUUCUCCUGCCUGCCUGUGUCUCGUGUGGAGUGUAUGCUACAACUGCCGUCGUUGGAUAUCGUCUUUUCCUCAAAACGAGCGGAAACUGACUCUUCAGGGUUUGGGGCUGGGUCGGCCGCUCAGUCAGCCAUUGGAGGUCUUAGUGUGACUGGUUGUUUGGCAGACUUCUCUGUCUACAUAUUCCAUCCUUACGGUGGAAAGAAGUCAGGUCUAAAAGAGGCGCAAUGGUCUCCCCUGGCCGACAGUGAGCGGAAAGACUCGCUCAGUGUCAACGUAGAGUUCGUCAAGUUCCAUUUGUCUCGUAGUCGCAAGCUGAACAUUGACAACAAGAGCUCCAAGUCUCCCGGACCAGACCAAAGCCAGGCCAUCAUCAGGUUCUCAACCAUCAUAGACAUCGGCUCGGCCUCCUUCAAGUACGACAUGCGCAGGCUGACAGAGAUCCUGGCGUUCCCCAAGGCUUGGUACAGACGCAGUAUCGUGCGACGACUGUUCCUUGGAGACUUCACCACCACGGCUGUAUACAGCGAAGAGGACAGCUCUCCUGAUCAAGAUAUUGAUGUUGAGAUCAGUGAGAGCAGCCCCAUGCUUGGUCCAAACAGAGAAAAACUACGACUCAACCUGGAGUCAGACCUGGCAAGACAUGCUCGCCUUAGAUCUGAUCACAACAAGAGAGGGUCCAGUUCAGGCAGUCCGAGCCCUACAGAGACUAAGACCAGCACUUCCACCUGGGAAACUUUGGUGCUGUUUGCAGUCAACUUCAAGAGGCUCAACGUGCACAUGAACAUGGGCAACGUCAUGGGGAAUGUCAUGUGGCUGACUAAGAACUUCAGGUCAGAAGGGCGGCUGUCCAUCGGUAGCACAGGACAUAAGAACAUGUUCAUUGGUCUGGGUCUGGGGGGCUCAAGUCUGGAGGCCAAGGGUGGCAUUGUGGGUGGCACCAUCGAGCUCAGCAAAAUAGAUACAUUCAUUCUGAUCAAGGAGGACCCAGGCACAGAGCCUGACCACACUGUAGGUCUGAACCUGUUCGCUCUGGAGCUGCGGCUGGACUACAUGGGAACUGGAGUGUUGAUGUGUAGAGUCAGUUCACUGGUAGUGUCACUACGGGACGAGUGGAAGAUGACGAGUCGCAAGUCCAGCAUCGAUGCCUUCAAUCCAACCCGCAGGCCAGCAAUGAUCUUCAUGCACGGAGACAUGGGUUGGGACCAGCUGCAACUGAUGAUCUCCAAAUCCACGACUGUGGACCUGCUCAAGAUGUACUACAAACUAGACGAGUUCUUCUCACAACAGUUCAAGAGCAGCAAACGAGUGUUCUCCGCGCUCGGCAGCUCAGCGUCCGGCAACAACGGCAGCUUCCGCAAACGGCUGCAUUCGAGGAGCAAGAAGAACGGUGAAAGACUGCCAGAGAGUAUGAGCGGCGCAGGCAGUGCGUGGGCUCCGCAGGACGCUCGACAUCACCGGCACUGGCAGCGUGUGUUGGCGCAAGUGGCUGGUCUACACCUGUCUACCGUGCGGCAGCCGCUGCCUCCGUCCGGCACCGUGCUGGGUGGCACCAUGGAGCUGCACGGACACAACAUCUCUCUGGCGUGCUUCCACGGAAUAAACUUUAGGUCUAAGUCCUGGGCGUUGUUUUCACUCAAAGAGCCGUGCAUCUCAUUCGCUACUGAGGCCCAGGAAGUCCACACCAAUGAGAAAACCGAGGCACUAGACGUACACAUUGUACAGACGCUGACGUUCAGCCUAGGUCUGACCGGAGAACAGCCUCAUGCUCCAGAACACCACAGUAUGGCUACAGUGUGUAAAGUGUCCCGCAACAUGCUGUUUCCACCGCAGUUCCGCACACUGCAGGAGUGGUUCCAUUACGCGUUCUCCUGCAGCGAGAUUGACGAGAUAGACAGGUUCCCCAGUGUAGAGCGUGAGAGAGCCGAGAGCGAGGGAGGUACAGUCCGCUCUAGAACACCCAAGCAGGACAACAACCACACCAGGGAGGUCAUCUUUGCACUUCCUUCACUGCAGCUGCACCUCAAGACAGAGCAUUGGCAGGCGGCUCUCACGCCAGAGCCAUCUGACGAUAAACCAAUGGUGGAAUGCAGUUUUGUGACAGAGUUUGAAGACCACAUUUUUGUAACUGUCGAUGCCGAAGCAUUCUUCUUCCUACAUGAUCUCAUAACUUCCUACAUCAGAGAAAAAGAUAGAGUGCAAAUGGGAUACCCUGGCGCUCGUGCUCAGAGUCCUGAGUUGGCCGAGAGACAGUCCAGACGCAGUGAGAGCCGAGAGGUAGGGACGAGCGAAGGAGCGGCCGGAGACGGACGUGCUACACCUACACCCGGCCCCUCCGACGAGGAGAAGAAGCAGAAGAGUUUUGAACACGCGGAAGUCACAGGGUACACCAAGGACUGGCGCGAUUACCACUGCAAGACCUGGCAUCUGGAACCCACCGUCAGAUUGCUGUCAUGGGGUGGCAAGAGUAUAGAGCCGUACGGAGUGGACUACAUUCUGCAGAAGCUGGGAUUCUCUCACGCUCGCACCACCAUACCAAAGUGGAUGCAACGAGGGUUUAUGGAUCCCCUUGAUAAGGUGUUGGCUAUUCUGGUCCUGAGGAUGGUGCAGAUUGUCAGGGAAGAUCCCAAGAUUGCGGAACACAUGAGGCAACGCAGAUAAUCAGUUUACGCUAAACAUUCCUUUGUGCAGGUGUCGUUACCUUUAGUCCAUUAGUCACUGAGUACACUUCGGGUUGGUUUGAGAGUUUUAAAGUGAUCAUAUAUUCAGUCACAGUUGUAAUUUUUGAAAUGAGUUAGUAUAUUGCCAAAGCGAAAGGUUUUAACAGUUUUAUUAAGUUUUCUAUUUUGAAAUUUCAAAAUUUACGUGUUGUAAUGUUUAAGAAUUUUAAUUUAAGUGUACCUGAAAUACAUGCAUCACGUUAGGUUAAAUUUAAAUUGUGAAUAGAAAGUUUAAUUAAAAUUUAAUUUGAGUUCUUUCAGAUUGGAAAAUAAAUGGGAAUAUGACUGAAAUUAGGCCAUUUGGAUUAGCUCAAGUAAUUGAGACUUUCAAGAGUUUGGAAUGUUAGGACGUUAUAAGUGAGACAUCAUAUUUUCAGAGUAGCUGAACUCCUGAUUUUAGUGAUUUAGUAAUACACCCUCCGAUAUUGAUACUGUACAGCCCUUAAUAUAGGAAUUAGACGUGUCUAAACAUUAAGACCUUUGUAUUUAUUUUAUUUAUUGCCGUUUUAACCAUAUACCUUUUGAUUUAGUAAUCCUUAUAGUAUGAGCUUUUAAAUAGUUCUAAAUGGUCUGCUUGUUGGCUAAUUGGCCAUGGUUUUUGGAUCAAUAGUAGAAAAACGUUCUGUGAUUUAAGAGGCAGUCUAAAAAAACUUUAUUUAGUGAAGUCAAACAAGAAUUUUCUAAUAAGUUAUUGCAUAGUAGGAAAAAGUUAGGUGAGGAUACAAUAAAGUCAGAUUUUGUACAUAUCUUUAACAAAAAUCUAUUUAAAAAUUAAUUUGAAAUAAUACCUCAAACCUUUGAUUCACAAAAAUCUUAAUAUAUGAAACUACUUUAUCCAUAACAGUUUAGUUUUGAAUUUAGUUUUGAAGUAAGAAAGAGAAAAGACAUUGUGAUAGGUUUGAAGGUUCGACGUAAAAAAAUCAAUUAAAAAAAACAGCAGCUGUGGAUGGGUUGAUUUAAUUCGCAACUUUGAAAUUAUCGACUUCUCGACCCUUUCCAAGCAUUUAUGACUGUUAAGUUUUUAUAUGUCUUUAUGAAACUAGUUUGACAUAAUUGUUGUUCCAUAUUGUUUAGUUUUGUUGGCUAAAUAUUUGGUUAGAACCAAUAACAACUGAAUGCUAAACAUUUAAGGCCAGCUUUGAAUGUCUAUUACAAGUAUUAUUGUUACUGCUCAAAUUUAAUAUUGUUUAAUAUGUUGAUGUGUAUAUUUUACCCAAAAUGCUUGUAUACUCUAGUCAGCAUGCUAUAUUUUGUUAACAUGGGCUCAUGUUUUAUUGCUAUAAUUUUAAAGCUAAAUGAUUGUUUAUAAUUUAAUUGUUUAUAUCGAUUCUAAGUAAUAAAUCUAUUUAUUUUAAA